AUUGCAGGGAAUAAUUUUCCUGGUAUCGCAUCGCAUCGCAAUUUGCUCUACAUUUUUGAAAGACUGAGCUAUGCAUGUAGUCUUUUGUAUAGCAUAUUUUUACAUAGGACUGUACAAAACUUAGUUGAGAGCUUUUCUCUUGUGACCAAAAAUGCUAUUCAAAUUUGUAAAGCAAAAUUAUUCUCUGUAUUGGGUCAAGUGGAUGUAACUUAUAAAAACUGGAUGUGGGUUGAUCUUGACUCUGUUAAAUUAGAUAUGAAAUCGUGCAGAAUAGAACGUUUUUAUGUUUAUCACCACGAAAGUAACAAUACGGAGUGAAAAUUACGAGUUUGCAUUCAUCAAGGGUCAUUUGUUCUUAAUGGAGUGUUUUGAGUGCGAACUCCUUGGCUGUUAAAUCUCACAUCCUAGGAAAAAGAAAAAGAUUGAAGAUUAUCUUGUUUUGAUGGAAAUGACUAGAUGUUUGUGCUUCUUCCUGAUUGGUCAUUAAUCUUUAACAGGUACUGCAAGUAUCUGUAUAAAGGUUUCAUAUUGGCAACUUUGUAAAGACUUACAUGGAUGAUGCAAACUUGUGAAGACUUCAAAGAAAAUGCAUAUCCUCAGCGAUGAGGAAACAAUGCUUAACUUUGCACUGACUACCGUGUGUGAUUUGAUGAUAAACUUGACCAAAAUGCUCAGAACUUUGAUCGCCUGAUCUGUGUGGUGGAUACAAUCGUUAAAUUGGCAACCAUGCUGAAGAUAGACACGCUGUACCCAUUGCAGGAUGACAGCGACUGGAUGCUCCUUUCCAGGAGCCCGAGGCGCAUAUCCGUGCCCCAAGAGUCUCCGACCAGCUCUCCGCCGGGACUGUGUAGCGACGAUUACUGGAGGACACGAUCCAUCAAUGCGCCGGUCCCGUCACCAUCCUUCGGUCCGAAGGCCAUGCUCAAGAGGGUCCCGGUCUCACAGAUAAUGCAUGUGACAGAUCCCUCGAGCCAGCGCCUUGUAUGGAAAGCCACGCCCCUCUCAGUACUCAUUAUUAAGAAAAUCUUUGACACAUCUGUCUUAGGACCCUUCAAAGAGAUGACCAAAUGGCUUUCACAGGAAAAGAACCUUGUGAUCUAUGUAGAAGGCAAAGUGCAAGAAGAUGAAGAUCUUUUAGCCAACAAGGAGUUUUCAUCUCUCAUGAAGAAAUUCAAAACGUUUAAAGAAGGUGACGACCUGAGCGAUAGGAUAGACUUCAUCAUCUGUCUUGGUGGGGAUGGCACCCUCCUGUGGGCAUCUUCAUUGUUCCAGGAAGGGAGUGUUCCUCCCGUCAUGGCAUAUCACUUAGGAUCCCUCGGAUUCCUCACGCCGUUUGAGUUUGAAGAUUUCAAAGAAUCUGUCAAUGUCUUCCUUGAAGGUAAUGCAGCUGUCACGUUAAGAAGUCGACUGAAGUGUCUCAUCUUUGAAAACUCUGAGAUUCCCAAUGGCCUUGAAGAUAGCAACAACAGUGAUUCCCUGAAGCCUGCCAGCAAGAAACCGGAUCCACCAAACCUCAAAUUCAAAUUCCAGGCAAUGAAUGACGUCGUCAUCGACAGAGGGCCUUCUCCGUACCUGUCAAACUUGGAUCUGUUCAUCGAUGGUCGACAUGUAACAACAGUUCAAGGAGAUGGUUUAAUAAUCUCCACUCCUACUGGCAGUACAGCCUACGCAGCUGCAGCAGGAGCAGCAAUGGUACACCCCAACGUCCCUGCAAUACUAAUCACCCCCAUCUGCCCGCAUACACUGUCCUUCAGGCCUAUUGUAGUACCUGCUGGAGUUGAACUCAAGGUUUCUGUGUCUCCUGAUGCAAGACAUACAGCCUGGGCUUCAUUUGAUGGAAGGAAUAGACAGGAACUCAAGAAAGGAUUCUGCUUGAGGAUCACAACAUCUGUAUACCCUGUGGCCUCAGUAUGCAGUAUAGAUCAGAUCUGUGAUUGGUUUGACAGUCUGGUAGAGUGCCUCCAUUGGAACGCAAGACAAACACAGAAGUCAUUUAGACAAAAAGACAAGGACAGGACGUCCAACAACAACAACAACAAACAGAACGGCAGCGGCUCCAGCAGCCCGGACCUAGAAUCGUAAUAGAUCUGUCAAUCAUCAAACAACAGCAUAAGAAACGGCGAUGGUUCCAGCUGCUUUUAACUAAAGUCGUAAAUGAUCCGUCAAUCAACCUCCAGUUUUCUACUUUUCACUUGACUUUUAAGGACCUACUUUGGCCGUGAGUGUCGGGGAGUAAGUUUAUGUCAUGUAAUGGCAGGAUCGGAUCUGCGCCAACCAAGAAUAGAAUUCUGUACUUAUUCUUUACCAUGAAGGACCCUCUUUGGCCGUAUAUGUAAGUGGGAGGGAGUAAGUUUGCAACCAUGUAAUGGCCACAUCAGAUCUACACCAAGCCCCCAAGCAAGGAUAGACAUAUUUCUAAUUUGUAAUUUUUCUUUACCACGAAGGACCUACUUCGGCCUUGAUUGAAGCGAAUGAAGACAGUCCAGAUUGUGAAAAUACAGAUGUAACUUCAAUUUUUACUCCUUUAUAUUUUAUGCAUUUUUUUUCAUGAAUGCAAAAUUUCCCCUUGAGACUGUGUACUUUUGCCCUGGUUUGAAUGAAUGGGGAGUAUGCCUAGAAGAUGUAAUUGCAGGUUCACAACUGCAUGAAACUUACCAGGAGAUCACUUUUAAGAAAACCCUUGAAUGUGAAUGAAGGAGAAGGUACAUGUUGGACUUUGUUACGGAAUCAGGAUCAGUGUAGGCUAUUGUUUCUGCAAAUGGAUUUCCAGGAAUCUACUUAUGCUCUGUGCAGUAAAGAGAUGCAUCUUUUCUCCAUGGUAACAAAAUCAGUGAGCAUUGGAUAAUACCAAUAGUUGCAAUAAAACUUCAGAGUUGAAUAUCAGCACCUGGCAGGAUGAGUCAACAAAAGGAGUCAAAAGGCAGAAUCAAUCAAGGCAAGCAAAGGUUGACUUGGUGCUUGUUCUCACAAGACCUAGGGAUUGGCAGAUGGGUUUUUCUUGGAGCACCCUGUAGUAACUCACCAUUAAGAAUGUCUUCAUCAGCGAUUGUCACUAUAUUGUUCAAGAAUGGAAGGUAUGCAAGGAUCGUGCGUCAGAAUUUUCAGUGUUUCCACAAGGUAGAGUCAUUUCAAGUGCUCAGAAGAUAGAGAUUUGCAGAUAUUUUUUUGGAAGCACCUUGUAAUAACUCACCAUAUAAGAAUGUCCUUUUCAGUGAUUGUACCUAUAUUGGUCAAGAAUGGAAGGUAACAAGGGGAGAAGGAUUUCAUAGCACUUUAACGAGUUCUUGCCUCUCUCGUUCAAAAUUAUGUGACUCUCACACCGACAACACCAAAAUUCGACGAAGCUGAUACCAUAAUUUUGAUGUUGAAAAAAAUGAUCGAAAUCACAUUGGAAGCUCAACACCUAGUGAGGUUUGUCUGAGGACCGUCUUUAACUUAGUCUGGUGCUGUGCUGAUGUAGACGUCAACUCAACACCAAAAGAUCAACACCGAACCUGUAAUCACCCAUUAUGAAUCUAACAGUGUAAUUUAGGGUUCCUCUUCAUGGCAAGAAUUUAAAAGAGAGGGAGAAAGAAAAGGUUCUUUUAAUAGCUGUAGCCUUCCAUUUAUUAUGUUGUAGGGAAACAAAUAUUUACACGGGGGCUUCGGGUGAUUUUGCCACCGAAAUGCACAAAAGAGCCGUGGAAAAAAGAAUAAAAAAUAGCUCAGAAAUUCCCUUUCACUGCAAUGUUAAGCUUAUCCAAUGUUGGAGAGUUAGGCAAUCAGUUGUGAAAAGUAGCCCCCAAAUUAAAAAAGUAUAUAUAUAUAUAUGCCUACAUCCAACGAAAGGGCGAAGUCUAUGAAUGGGUUUAUUCCAUCAUAAUACACAUUUAGACGUUAAAGACGAAGGUAGAGGGCAUUAAGGCGCAUUACGAACAUUGAAAGAAGACGAAAAAAUUCGCCUUAAACACAGAUGUAGAGAAAUAUAUAUUUGCCUGUUACCCUGUGACGCAGUUCAUCAGUGAAAGAACCAAUUAAAUGCCAAAAAUUCAAAUAAAAGACCUCACGAUGAUACUUACAGUGUGUGUGUGAUUGAUUGGUUAAAUGACAGUGGAAGUUUAUAAUUGGUAAAUGUUUUUAGUGUCCAUUUGGAACACAUGACCAUGGAGAAAAGGUGUGCCAACUUGCUAAAUUAAGAGGUUCACAAUACAUUCCAGAUAUUGUCUGUGAGAAGGUUUUUUUUUUUUCUGGACAUCACUAUAAUACCUGAAUUUUGCCCUUUCUACUUUUGUUUGAACAGGAAUGUGAUGUCUUUUCAACCUCACGGUGAAAUGUUUUUAACCAAGAAUUGUUUUAUUUUUCAAUUUUCUUCUGCUCUCUGUUAUUUUCUAAACCCAGUUUUGACAUGACAUCUUAAUGUAAAACGACAUAUACAUUCAUACAAGUUGUUUGAAUGAAAGUAACAUUUCUGGAAAGUUAUUUUGAUAUUUGCCUCAUAUUUCUUGAAAUAUUUUUGUAGAUUGGAAACUGUAAUGGACUUUGAUGAUUUAAUUAAUGAUUAAUACUAAGUGAGACUGGGUGCUAGACACAAUCAGUAUGCAAAUGGAUGUAAUCGUUUUCCAAAAUAAAGUACCUGUCUCGUAUUCUGUGACUAUCAGCGCUAUAAUGCACAAAGUUUAUGGAUCAAGUUUCUAUAAAUUGUUCUUUUGUAUGUUUUAAGUUGAAACUCAUGUACUUGUAUUUUAGGUGUGAAAUGUACACUAGCUAAUAGUAAUGUACGGAAGUAAAUGGUGUGGGUAUUUAAUUUUCUUAUUCCUUUUAGAAUCUGUCAAGUUAAAGUCAUCGCAUUUUUACCUUCUUUGUCAAAAUGAUUGUUUUUUAAUAAUUUUAGGACGCAAUUUGUUGUGAUGUAUGAAUUUAUCGCAUUUGUUCAUAUGUGAAUUUGCAAUAAUAUUUUUCUUUUCUGAAUUUCUUAUGCACAUUACCUACUGUAUGUCAUAUCUUUUUUUUAAGGUUAGGAUUCCACUGGGCUGUCGCCAGUUUGCACCAGUUCGCGCCAUUGCAAAGCAGCUGUGGCACCUAGUUUCACAAAAAAAGGUGCCUAGUGGCGUCCAGUAGCUCAAACUGCCGCGUGGUGGCGCUUAACAGCCCCAAAAUUUGAAUUUGGCGCAAUUUUUUUUUUUUUUUACAAAGUUUUAUAAUAUAAAAAAUAAUUAUUUUGAAUUCUGAAGGCAGUUUUGGUAUUUCCUUUUUCUUUUGAUUAUAAUUUCUGAAUCUGUGGCUGUAUCUGCCAUUGUUGGGUGGGGUUUCACAUUGAAGCUGAUUGUAAUGUAAUGCACAAAUUUAAGAAUAAGUGGAAUAUACCAUUUACUGAUACUGGGGAAGUACCUGUACAUGUACCUCGUCGUGAUCAUCUAGAAGUUUGUGUUCCAUUUGAAAUGUCAUUCUUGCAAAUAUAAACUCAAGUGCAAUGGCCAUUGUAAAGAAAGGAUAAUAAUCUUGCUUGCUCCUCUGACGACGUACAUGUACCUACAUGUACCACUAGAUCUGUACUCCUUUCUGCGUAGUCUGUGCUUAUCAAAAAGAAAGAUAAUCAAAAGAAUCGAUGAAUUUGAUUUCAUCGUCAACAUGGCAACUUUGUUUCUCUUUUGAGUUUCAUGCCAUUUUGGUUGUCGGGUCUGUGCAAGCUUGUUUCUUAAUUUGUGUUGAUGUUGAUGCAGAACAAUAAUGUAUCCAUGAAUUGCGUAUGUGUUAUGCAAGUGCAAGUCACGAUUUUUAGGGCAUUAUUGCAUUUAGACAUUGAUGCAUGCAAGUCAAAAACUAUUGCGAACUAUUAGUGAGGAAAGCAUUGCUCUUGCAUUUUCUUUAAAUUUUAUUUUUUAAAUCAAAGCAUGUUUAUUCAGGAUAACAAGAAUCAUAGAAACUGUUUUACCAUUUGGUCCUUUACAGUUCAAAAUCAUCAAAUAAAUACAAUACAAAUUGAUUAAAAACAAUAGCAGAGAUAUAAAACAAGUAUGAAUAUACCCAUAAGGAUGAAAUUAUCAAAAGCGGUCGCUAAAGGAGUUGAUCUGUUGUCUCACGUUAAAACAAAUUGUCAUUGCGACGUUUCGACUGCACCUGCUAGUGUUUGUCAGUAUGCUUUAUCGUGAGACAACAGGGGCCUGUCUUACAAAGAGUUGCGAUUGAUCCGAUCAAUUGCAACUAUGGAAAGCCAGCAAAGUCAACAUAUGAAAUGCAUGUUUGUUCAAAAAUUGCUCUAGAUAUGAAUGUAUAUCCAUAAAGUCAUUGAUUUCUUGACAGUUUGAUGCGUUUUCCUUUGUUUACAAAGGACAUUUUGCAAAUUUCCUGUAGAAAAAAUUAUGACACUGAUGGAUUUCCAUUGAGUUAUGAUUGAUCAAUGGAUCAAUCAUAACUCUUUGUAAGACGGGGGCCUGAUCAACUCCUUAAGCGAUUUCUACUACCAUGAUGACCAACAUCUUCCCUCCCAUCAAAAGCAAUGUUGCCUAUUUCCGGAGUUAAUAUUUUGUUUUGUUUAUCGUGGAAAUGUGGAGCUAAGUUCUUCACGAGUUUAGAGUACAUUUACAUGCUUUUAGUUCAAUAUUUCAGUUCAAUAUUUAUGUAUUUUGAAAAAAGAUUUAGUAUUACUCAAAGCCUGACAUUUUCAUUAGCAAAAUGGCCUUACAUGUAUUGUAGUGGAGACUAAUUAAACUAUAUAGUGGUGUAUCAUUUAUUAUAUGUAUGCUCUUGUAAACAAAUGCAAAAUAUAUUGAAUGAAUAUGUCAAAAAUUAUGAUUAAUUUCAUUUCACAGGGUACAACGUACUUGUGAUCGGUCAUUUUCUUUGUCAUUGCAAAUUUAUAUGUCAGUAUAUCCUAUUAUCUAUUUAUUUGUGCAUAUUAUUUUCUAACAACUUUUUUUGAUGUCACAGUGGGACCAAUGGACAUGUAUUUGACAGUUUAAGAUGAAUUGGCAAUUUUGAUUUUGUAUAUUUCUUGAGUGCUAGACAGCACACUUUGAUAGAAAUAGAAUUUUGAAUGUAAUGUGUUGAGAUUAAUUUGAUUUUUUGUCGUCAUAAACGAGACUUGCAAUGUUGAGAAAUUGAUCGAAGAAGCUACUGUAGAUCAUGAGGUGGAUGAUAAGUAAUUGUCUGUCUGGGAGCUUUCAAAAUGAUUGAAGUAAAAAAAAAAACAUUGAUAUCUUUGUAAGUGCAAGUGAGCUGUGAUCAGUACUGCACACAGAAAUGAAUAUGUAGGACUUUAUGCGAAAAUAGCUUCAACUGUUUUUUUUUUAAUGUUUCUAAGUAUUAAGAGCAAGUCAUCUCUCUAGUUCUACAUGUACAUGUUGAUAAUAUUUUUACAGUACUAUAAUAGGCAGAAGCCAGCUAAAUCUUUAAAUUGCGAGAAAUUAGAGAAGUAUUAGUGCUCAUGAGCUGAACUAUAUUUUAAAAAACAUACUUUUGCACUAGUUCUAUCGCCCUUUAGAAAGUGGCUUUAUAAUUCAUUAUCCAUGGGAAAUAAAAUGGUGAAUGGCUACACAAAUUUAGACAUAAAAUGCACUUAGCAAAUUUGAUAUGAUUUAUUCUUGUAGUUUUUAUGUCAUUUUAUAAUUUUAUUCAGGUGUAAUGUUUGUUAAUGCAGAUUAUACCCAUCCAGGACACCCCCUUAUUCCCUGGAUAAUGAUUUUUUUUUUCACGUUGCUUAAGUUCUUAAUAAACAUUAUUGUCUCCAUACAUUAAGAAUAUAAAUGCUGUAUAAGGACACUGACAAGAAGCUAAGUUCUUGAUAAACAUUAUUGUCUCCAUACAUUAAGAAUAUAAAUGCAGCUGUAUAAGGACACUGGCAAGAAGCUUUUGUCAUGUCAAAUAACAAAAUAAUUUACGAUUAUUGAAUCUUUCACAAUAUUGCCAAUUUGAAAGAUUUUCGUUUGUCAGAUUUCCUGCAUCAAACCAACAGAAAAAAAUGGACGUAGUACAGUUUUGCCUUCAUUUCUUCAUUUUUACAUUAUUGGUAUAUUUAUCUGCCAUAAUUUUUAUUUAUUUUUAUUUUGCCCAAAUAUCAACAAUUAAUGAAAGUUGUAUUUUGGUAAACAGGAAAUUGGAAUGCCUACAGUAGUAUUUCUCCCAAAGACUACUUUGAAGACAAAUAACCUUACCUGCCAAGGGUUCCUUUAAAAUAUGAAUAGGGUGUAUUCCUGUUUUGGGGGGAAAGAUUAUUACCAUUUUAACUUGUGUUCCUAUUUGUUUGGGGGUUUUGUGUGUGUAGUAUUGAAUGGUCCUAUUUCUUGAAAUUUCUUCAUAGUUUUCUCUAUAUUUGUUACUGUUUGGGUUGGCAGGUAUGAAAUAUAGUUUAUAAAUAUCAAACUGAUAUUUUCUUUGCUUUACCUACCAACUAGGAGAAAUUCUAGGAUUGUUGUGUAUAUGUCAAGGUUGAAAUUUAUCACUUUACUUAAUAUCUGGACAUAGUCGUGUUCAUCCGCUUUAUAGAAAAUUAUGUAUCUUGGUUUAUCUUUUAUCAGGUUUCCAUAAUAGAUUAAGUAUUUUGUUAAAUUUCACUCAUGUACAUGUAAAUCACUGUUUAGCAACCCCAUGUUUAUCAACUCUUAAUAUGACAAAUGUAAUUUCUUUUUAUGUCAUUCAGUGAUAGUUGCAAUGUCAUCUCUCAUUCUAAGAUACAAGAUAAAAAAAUGAAAUAUCAUUUAACCAUUAUGAUGCAUUUAUCACAAAAUUAGAUAUUACCGAGCUUUUGAAAUGACAAUGGAAGGCUAAGAGGAUAUCAGGGCCCCUUCUUACAAAGAGUUACGAUUGAUGCAAUUAUCAAUCGUAACUCUAUGGAAAUCCAUCAGUGUCAUAAUUUUUUUUCUACAGGAAAUUUGCACAAUGUCCUUUGUUAACAAAGAGAAGCACAGCAAAUUUUCAAGAAAACGAUGAAUAUACAUAGAAAAUAUUUUGAACAAACAUGCAUAAUAGAUGUUGACGUUGCUGGCCAUCCAUAGUUGUGAUUGAUCGGAUCAAUCGCAACUCUUUGUUAAACGGGGCCCUGAUGUCGAUAAAAACUGCUUGCUCAGUACUGGGUCCGGUAGCAUAAAAGCUUAGCAAUUGAUUCUGGAGUUGAUAUCAACAAUUGAUUGCAUUAUUAUGCAUGAUCAAUCAUGAAAGACAGCUGUACAAUCAAUUCCAAAGCUUUAUGUGAAAGGGUCCUGAGGAAAUUACGGACCAAGCAUGUGUACAUUAAUUUUUAUCUAUCCUGGAUGACCUUCAGUGCGUUUUCAAAAAAGGUCUCUAUUGUGACACACUACGCAGAUUUAAAUUUUUUCUCCUACAUUGUAAUAAUUAAUUUACGUAGUUUCAGUCGCUUUUGUCUGAUAAGAAAAUUUGCUUGUAAUUCCAUCAACGUUGUACUGUGUCAUUUGAAAAAUCUGUGUUGCUUAAAUCGAGGAUAGUAUGUACUCACAUAUAUUGAUCAAUUAUGAUGGGUCAUUUUUUCGUUUUAUUAUUAUGCAAUUUGUGAAUAAUGAGAAAGAGAGAGAAAAAAAUUCAAGUCUUUCCUAUUUGUAAGAUUUUGAUAGAAAUUGAAAUGUACAGCAGAAGAAAUGUUAAUAUUUGUAUAUAUUCAAAGGGCAGAGAUUUUUUAAAAGAACAAAUACAGACUAAAAUAAUAGAAAUGCAUAAGA